CUUCUUUCCAAUUCUCCUCUCAACAUGCCACGGACAUUGGAUGACCUUCCCCCUGAGCUUUUACACAUGAUACUAGCCCACUUAGGCUGUGAGCCCCACAAUACAGGCAUAAUAGAACCACCAGAUGCCCACUUUCGCUAUCGUCAACAGAAGCGCGACCAGCCAUCUUGGUACUCGUUAAAACUUCAGCCGCUUGUACGCCUUUGUUUGGUGUCUAAGCGCUUGUGUAGCGCCACUCAACCCAUUUUAUACCAGGAAUUUAUGCUUGGGUAUGGCGAUUCGUGGCUCUCCGAGAUUUAUACAUGGGACGGCCGACUCCUUUCGUUCGUGCGAACAGUGGCUCAGCGACGAGACUUGGCCAGCUUCGUGAAGAGGAUCCAUGUAGUGCCCUAUCUGCUCCAAGCCUCUCGCGAGGCGUUGCAGAGGAAGCGAAAAGAAUUGGAAACUUGGGGUCCGAGGCCAAACGAGAAAGACCUGAUGAUUCCCCUUGAAAUAGAGCAAGAUCUUGCCUUCUUCAGAGACAUCUAUGGUCUGCGAGAGCCAAUUUUAAGGCAGUCCAUAUUGGAAGAUGAGGCUGUCGACACUCUCCGCGAGAUUGGGGUUGCAUUAAACAUCAAAGGCCCAGGGCGGCUAUCAGCGAAACAUUUGAUUAUUCUUUUGCUUGCGGCGCUACCAAACCUGGAAUAUUGCAGCCUUUUCUUUGGUUCAGAUUUACAAAAGAUGGCUCUUUACUCUAAAAGCCUAUCGGCUGCCGGAAUCCCGCAGCUGCCCCUGAGAAUUAUAAAUCUUUCGGGCCAUUUUGAAAGCCGUUUCGAUCUUUCCAGCAAAGCACGAGAUCUCCUGAAAAUUUCUCCCUGUCUUGAGACGCUUAACCUGCAUAAGUGCUAUUGGACUCGCGAACGGGCCGCAUUUCCUUCUCUGCCGAGCCUUAAGCAUAUUCGAAUCACGUCUAGUCGUCUUAACGAGAAAGGUCUUGAAAACAUACUCAACUCUUGCCACGGUUUACGCAGCUUUACGUACGAGGCAGGCCGCCUUGUCAUUGAUGCAACAGGUCCAAGCUGGGACUGUAGUGAUCAUUUCGAGCUCCGCAAUGCUGCAGGAUAUCUCACCCGCCACUGCACGACACUCGAAUCAGUGCAUAUCGAUCUCCGACACCGGGGAGGCGAACCGGCCACCCCGAGCACAUUCAGCUUUUGCGAGCUUACUGCCCUGAAACACCUCUUCUUGAACCUGGACGAAUUCCACAGCCGGUUCUUCGACCACCGUUGCACGGACAAAUCCCAGCUCUUUAUCCACAUUCUCCCUGCCGGCUUAAACUCUCUACACCUUGCUGGAUAUAUUAAAGAGGACCUCCCGCGGCUGAAACGGGGCCUUCUUGGCCUUGGCCAGGCAGCUAUCAAGGGGCAAUUCCCAAACCUGACGGAGGUGAGAUGGGACGAAAAGGCCAAAAUGGACAUGGAAUGCGCUGAGAGAUCUCUCUUUGUCAACGCCGGGGUUGAGUUUUCAUACGACAGCUGGCCCGCAACCAGGACUUCCUCCCGAGAGGGCGUUUCUAUACCAUCGCCCAAUUUUCGGGAUCCAUAUUACUUCCCGUCGUCCUGCGACGAUCCGGACCUUUAAUGCCUGCAUCUCCAAAUAUGAUUCACGAGAAAAUUAGAUUUAUCAAAUACUACCACCUUACUCUUACAGAUGCUUGACUAAUUCAAGGCACAGCAGUCGCUACGCCUUUCUCGAGUCAGAGCUUCAAAAGCUUUGACAUGUUGAUCUACUGAAGGCCCCUAAUUUGUGGCAUCAAUAGACUGCAUUGGUGUAUACCACUGGACAGAACGCUUUACCGGUUGAUUCACUUUUUCCCGGCGACAGAAGUCAUGACCAGCCGUGGCAUGAGCAGAACACAUCUCUGCGUCUCUGUGUCCUUGAUCUCCAUUUUCAACAUCUUCCCCC